GAACGAGUGCUCAGCUGCCUGGGCCYGUGCUCUCAUUUCGGUUUGAAACCUCGCCUUUACAUCAGAUGAGAUUUCUCUUUGGAGAGAGACAAAGUGCUCCUGCUUCUGAGGACGCUGUAAUUAUCUUUGACAGACUGCCUAUGGAAUGCCUCCGGCAAAUCCUGGAAGGGGGCAGCAGUGUGGAAGAUYUGCUGUGAUAUAAUGGGGUCUGUCUUGAAGGCACUGAGUUUAUCAUCCUUGAGUGGAUGCCCUUUGGUAGGCAAGAUUUUGGGGGACAGAGACCUGAAAACGAGUUUCCAGGAUGGAUAUUCAUUCUUCUUUGCUCAAAUUCUAACAAAAGCCACAAAUGAGUUGAAGUGGGCUAUCAGCUUAAAUUUUUGAGAGAGAAUGUUCCUCUUUACCACCAUCAUAAGAGGAAGAAUGGUUUUUUUGUGUGUGGAAUAUUAAGGCUUUGCUAAAACAAUAAAGCUUUGUUUUUCAUAUUCAAGAUUCUCAUUUUACAUAUGGAUAAUGAGAUAACUUUAGAGUAUAGCCUUGACAACCUGUCAGCACUUCAUGUAUGUCUCCAUUCUUUGGGCCCUCCACGAAGCUCCUAGUCAUUGUGAUUUCGUGGCAACUGAAGGCAGCACCUACACCAGAAGAAUUUUCAUCAUUAAUUCCUAAAGACAUUUCCCCCCCACUUCCCUCGUGCAAGAAAAGUCAUAUAUCUGCUUGUAAGUAUUAAACUACUCAUGUUAAAGCUGGAUUUAAGUCUGUGGUCUCAUCUGUAAGUAUGGAGUAUUGCAUCUAGUGAUGAGCUUCUUGGGUUCCCAAUGUGCCUCUCAUUCUAGCUGGGGCAGCUGCAGCUUCACUACGUGGCCUUCAGAAGCCCAUGGCCAGGGCUCUCUUCCCKCUUUGAGAAAGAUGGAUCCCAUGAGAUGCCAUCACGCCUGGUGCCAUGUAAGGCUUCCUCUUGCCAAAGAACCCAAAGCUGUGGUGAUGACACCAGCCACGGAUACGCGUGUUGAUGGACUGUAUCCUCCUGUUUCUUUCUAUAUUGCCAGCACGGGGAAGAAUGGAAGAGAAUACGACCUACACACCUGAGUUCCUGAUCUUCUGCCCCAAUUCCCUAAAGUCCCUUUUGAUAGCCCUUAGGCGACACAUUGCUGCUGCUUCUCCUAAGAUAUGGAGAGGUUAUGUGAAAAGGAGCAAAUAGGAAGGAAAAUGGCUCCUGUUACAGUCAGUGAGAGCGGAAGCGUCAAGAGAACUAUYGUUAAUCUUGAAUCAACACUUAUUAAAAAGCUACAGCUUUUUGCUGAAUGUGUCCAAGAAGACCUCAACUGCUUCCCUUAAUAUAACUUCUGGCGUGGAAAAUUUCUCCAUGUUCCCUUGAGAUACCUACAGAAAGGACAGCUUUGUGCUCUGUGUGAACACAGUGAACAGAACUGCUCGUCCAACGUGUUGGAAAAGACACUGGACCUGAUUUGUCACCUCUCUGUGUGGGACUGUUGCUGGACCCUGUUUUUGGUCCCCUGCUCCAUCCUCAAGUGCUGUGAGACUGUCCUGAUGAAGUGAGCAAUAAGGAGCAUUAUUCUGUCACUGUGCAGGCCCUGGCUAAGGCCCUCAGCAAGGUAUGGAGACACCUGAGCAGAGCUGUGCUGUUUGACAACAACAUCUUCAAACAUAAGCAGCCAGAAAUGACGUCCACCCCUCGUCCAGCAUCAGAGAAUAAGAACUUCAGAGGAAGGAAUGCAACUUCAUAAAUAGCAAACCACAGACACUAAUGGGGAGCAGAAGCAAACCUGCAGGUUAAAAAUUCAUCGCAAGAGAAGCCCGGGCAUCCAGACUGCUUGUAGAUGCAAAGAUGCCUUCAGCUCUAGCCUUAGUUUUUCUCCUUUGCCUCUCUUGUCCUUUUUCAUCAUGCCAGCAGAGAAGAGCAGGAGUUGAAGUUGGCCCUGAAAUGCUGGAGGAGAUGAGACAAACGAACCGGGUGCUGAUGGAAGUGCGAGACUUGUUAAAGCAGCAGAUUAAGGAGAUAACAUUCCUGAAGAACACGGUCAUGGAGUGCGAUGCCUGUGGUAUGCACACCGAGGUGACAGGCCCGGUCAUCACCGUGACACAGUUCAACAGAUGUGUCCCCAAUCCCUGCUUCCCCGGAGUGGCCUGCACCGAGACUGCCACUGGCUUCCGCUGCGGACCCUGUCCCCCSGGUUAUUCCGGCAACGGCUCCCAGUGCACAGAUAUCAACGAGUGCAGUGCAAACCCCUGCUUCCCGAAGGUCCAGUGCAUUAACACCGUGCCCGGCUUCCACUGUGAUCCCUGCCCUCCUGGCUUCACUGGGCAAGCGGUCGAAGGGGUUGGACUCGCUUAUGCAAGGGCCAACAAACAGGUUUGCACUGACAUCAAUGAAUGUGAGACAGGAGCUGCCAGAAAUUGUGUCCCAAACUCCAUCUGCAUCAAUACACGGGGUUCCUACAAGUGUGGAGCUUGUAAACCCGGCUUUGUUGGGGACCAAACGACAGGGUGCAAGAGCCAGACAGCCAGACGCUGCCCCAACGGAGAAGCCAGCCCGUGCCACGAGAAGGCACGGUGCGUCGUGGAGCGCGAUGGCUCCAUCUCCUGCGUGUGCCUCGUGGGGUGGGCAGGGAACGGCUACAUCUGCGGGAAGGACACGGACAUUGACGGAGUCCCCGAUGAAAAGCUGCGCUGCGCUGACAAGAAGUGCCGCAAGGAUAACUGCGUGACUGUCCCCAACUCUGGCCAGGAAGAUGCAGAUAGGGAUGGGAUUGGAGAUGCUUGUGAUGACGAUGCUGAUGGAGACGGGAUCUUAAAUGCUGAGGACAACUGCGUGUACACGCGCAAUGCAGACCAGCGCAACGCGGACAAGGAUAACUUCGGGGACGCCUGCGACAACUGCCGCCUCGUGAAGAACGACGAUCAGCGGGACAUCGACGGCGACGGCAAAGGAGACGAGUGCGACGAUGACAUGGACGGUGACGGAAUCAAAAACCCAAAAGACAACUGCAAAAAGGUCCCUAAUCCAGAUCAAAAAGAUGGUGAUGGAGAUGGAGUAGGCGACGUGUGCGACAGCUGCCCCACAGUUAGCAACCCAGACCAGAAAGAUGCUGAUCAUGAUCUAGUGGGAGAUGUCUGUGAUACCAACCAAGACAGUGAUGGGGAUGGGCACCAAGACACCCGGGACAACUGCCCCUCAGUGCCUAACAGCUCCCAGCUGGACUCGGACAACGACGGGCUAGGGGAUGAAUGCGAUGACGAUGAUGACGAUGACGGGAUUCCAGAUGAGAAACCGCCAGGACCGGACAACUGUCGCCUUGUCCCUAACCCCGGCCAAGAAGACUCAGACAGUGACGGUGUGGGAGACCUUUGUGAAGAGGACUUCGACAGGGACAUGGUGAUUGACAGAAUUGAUGUGUGCCCAGAGAAUGCAGAAGUGACACUAACAGACUUCAGGGCUUUCCAGACGGUUGUUUUGGACCCUGAGGGUGAUGCACAGAUUGACCCCAACUGGAUUGUCCUCAACCAGGGCAUGGAAAUAGUUCAAACSAUGAACAGUGAUCCUGGUCUGGCUGUAGGUUACACGGCCUUCAACGGAGUGGACUUCGAGGGCACCUUCCACGUGAACACGGCCACAGACGACGAUUACGCCGGCUUCAUAUUCGGCUACCAGGACAGUUCCAGCUUCUACGUGGUCAUGUGGAAGCAGAUGGAACAGACCUACUGGCAGGCAAACCCCUUCCGAGCAGUCGCAGAGCCUGGAAUCCAGCUGAAGGCAGUGAAAUCCAAGACAGGCCCCGGUGAGUAUCUCCGCAAUUCCCUGUGGCACACGGGAGACACCACGGACCAGGUGAAGCUGCUCUGGAAAGACCCGCGCAAUUCCGGCUGGAAGGACAAGACUUCCUAUCGCUGGUUCCUGCAGCAUCGGCCUCAAGUUGGGUACAUCAGAGCUCGCUUCUACGAAGGCCCUGAGGUAGUAGCAGACACUGGAGUGGUCCUUGAUACGACCAUGCGAGGAGGGCGGCUCGGAGUCUUCUGCUUCUCCCAGGAGAACAUCAUCUGGUCGAACCUGCGUUACCGCUGCAAUGAUACUAUUCCAGAAGAUUAUGAAACAUAUAGAGUUCAGCAAGACGAACCUCUGCCUUAAAUGUCUGUCCAACAACACUUGCUUCUUUUUUUAUUAAAAGAAAAAAAGUGCUUUUUUUAAGGRAAAAAAGUGCUCAGCUGCCCCACUAUUGCCUCUGGUAUACUGUAUAAAGAACUGUAAGUAACGUACCACUGCACCCUGCACAUUCACUGCAUUACCUGGCAUCUUUCCUAAAGCAGCAACCUCCUUUAAACGCUAUGAAAACCAAGUGCAAUUGCAGAGGUGUAGACACCGAGUGUAAAUAGACGCCUAUGC